AUGUCUUGGUUCUCAUCAAAGCCCGAUGCCGCCGCUGCCGUCAACAACUUCUGGCCAGCAACCUCGUCCCAGACCGGGUUCGGUGAGCUCACCAGCGACGACACCGCCUGGCUCAACACGAACGACGCUGGUUUCCAGACCGAGACUCAAACUUGGUACACUGUGCUUGCCGACGGUAGUGUAGUCAUGGUCCAGAUCAUCUGGUCAUACCUCGGCGUUUUCCUGAUCCCCGCCACCACCCAAAUCACCUUCAAGCACUACAAUCCCGCCACCAAGAAGUCCAUUUGGAAGUCUGUGAACGCCUCAAAGUCCAAAUUCGACAGGCAAAACUGCAAGGCUGAUGAAUUUGAAAUCAAGCAUACCGGCACCCCCGCCACCGACGAGACCUACUCCAUCACGGCCCACCUCGAAAAGGACGUCCAGAUCUCCGUCCAAUUCACCAAGCCCUCUUCUGCCCCCGGAUUCAAGCUUGGUUCCGGUCCCGAAGGUGGCGUCUCUACGUUCGGCAAGGACAAGCUCAAGCGAGAUGGCUAUGUCGUUCACCGCUUCCACCCCCUCGUCAAGAGCUCAGGGACCCUCGUCCUCAGCGGCGCAAUCGUCGACAUGGCUGGUGAAGGCAUGUUUGUGCAUGCCAUCCAGGGUAUGAGGCCCAACUUGGUGGCUUCAACUUGGAACUUUGCCUUCUUCACCACUGCCCCCGGGCAGGAAGAUGAAAAGCUCGGGGCUGUGAGGGCAAUCCAGAUGGAGUUUGAAACUACUGAGGACUACGGACCCAAGGGUCCCAAGUCUGGCCAGACAAAGGUCAACAUUGGCUGCGUCUACUCCAGCAAGACGGAUCCCGUCCCCUUCCUCAUCACUGGCCAGACCCACACUCCUGCUGGCGUCGAGGACUACCCCGCUCCUUCUUUCGACGUAUCCACUGCCUCCCAUCUCAACGCCGUUGUAGAUGGCGAGACGGGAUAUUCUGCACCCGGGGGACUCGAGUUCAACUGGGCAGGCGAUAGCCGAGACGGUACCGGUAGGGCAAGCGCCCGUGCAGUUAUCGAGAAGGCCGGCAAGGUUGUCGGUGAGGGUGGUCUGAUUGAGAAGGUUGAUGUGCUGCAUGAGAUUCCUUAUGUCAUCAGGAAGGGUCUUGCGGCUGCUACCGGGACUAAGCCUUUCAUUUACCAGUACCACAACCCUACCACCCUCGAGGUCACUCGCGGCGAGGAGACUGUUUCUGUCAAGGGCUGGAUCUUCAACGAGGCCUCUUUCGUCAACGUCUAG